CUUCCAUGAGAUUUCGGGGGGUCGUGCCCCGCCCUAGAGGUGACAAUAGCCGCCUGUAGAAGGAUUCGGCUACAAGUCCUUUUUUUUCUUACACCCGCCCCGUGUCGUGCACGCAGCAGCGCCAGAUGACUGACUCCAAAAAAAAAAGGUGCCGUUUUCGCCGCCUUCCCCUGCGCUCGCGCUCGCGCUGGCGGCGUUUGCCCAGUUGUAUUUAAAAGCAUUUCCCCCCUCCACACCACUGCGUCCGCCGCGUUGUCGUCAUAGUUUUGAGGAUCUUCUUGUUGGUUACCAAGCAAGGUUGCUGCUUGUCAUUGUUUUUACUAUCGCGCCCUUUCGUCAUUCACGCUGUCCUCCAGCCGCCGUUAAUACUUAAUUCACGUCCCACUCCGCACUCUGCUCCCCCUUCGCACCAACAGCAGUUGCUCCAGACACUACCAACAAGUGCCAGAUCAAACAAUUUUGCACUUGCACAUACAUCUAUCAAGUCUCAAUCAGCUGAAAAUAGCUCGACAGCUCAGUUGAAUUGCCUUUGGAGACGGCGCCCGCAACAGUCUCACCAAACAACCUCUCUCACUCUACCGUCCCCCCACUGAGAGGCGAGGCUCUACAGGCGCAAGCGCGGAUCAAACACCGUCGCACCCGUUCGCCCGCUAUACACAUAUACCAAUACCAACACAACACAACCUAUAUACAACACCUUCACAAUGCCCGCUGGCGAGUCUCUCCGCGCACCGGCGGUCUCUCGCCCCAAGGCUGGAGCCGCCAACAAGUACAGCAUUGAUAUCAUUAUCGACAGCCACUUCAGCUCCAAGGUGUACACCACAGGCUCCUCCAUCUGUGGCAAGGCCGUUAUCAAGCCCAACAAGGAUGUUGCCUUCAACCACUUCGACAUUGUCUUUACUGGCAUUGCUGCUACCCGACUCGACUUUGUCCAGCAGUACCCGAGCCACUCCUUCCGCCCAUUCCUCAAGUUAAGAAUGCCUAUUGGCAGAGACGACAUCCCCGAGGACCGCGUCUUCAAGGCCGGCGAGGUCUACAGCGUUCCCUUCAACUUUGUCGUACCUCACCAGCUUACCUAUGGCGCCUGCACACACAACUGCGAGUCAGACUGUGUCCGUGACCACCACCUGCGCCUCCCACCUUCGGUAGGAUUCUGGGGUGCCGACGACCAGGCCCCAGAGAUGGCGCAGGUUGAAUACGCUGUCAAGGCCCGCGCUGUUGUCACGCAGCCAGGAGCCCCUGCUACCAAGGUGCUUGAGGGUCACCAUAUGCUCAAGGUCCUCCCUGCGUUCCCCGAGGAUGCUCCCCUGGACAUCACCUUCCGAGACGAGCGAUACACUGCCAGCAAGACAAAGACUAUCCGAAAGAGCUUGUUCUCUUCCAAGACUGGCAAAAUUACCGCGACUGCUACCCAGCCUGGCGCCUUGAUGCUCUCUCCUGAUGGUCACCGUGCCACGACUUCCAACGCCCGCAUCACUGUCGAGUACGUUCCCGAUUCUGCUGAUACAGCCCCUCCCAAGGUUACCUCGGUAUCCAGCAAGAUCUUGGCCACUACGUAUUUUGGUGCUGCUCCUCUGGACCAUUUGCCCAACUUGGGCGCUCGCACUGCUUACCACAGCAGCCCGUGCCUCAACUACACCACCACCACCAACCUUUCCACUCUUCCCACCGACAAGCUUUCUUGGAAGCAGGAAAAGAUCUCCUCCUCGCGUCGUGACUCUGGCUACUCCAGCUCUCACCUAGAAGUUGAUCUUUCCGCUAAGAAGAAGCCCAGCUCUCCUGUGAAGCACACCACCACCAUCGAGGUGCCCUUUACUAUUGUCAACACCAUCAAGAAGUUUUUCUUGCCCACUUUCCACUCGUGCCUCAUUUCUCGCACCUACGCUCUACAGCUGGUUCUCUCCGUUGGAGCUUCUAACACCACCAUGACUCUUACUGUCCCGGUGCAGAUUGGUGUCGACGGUGACCUGGUACCCCAAGACGGCGAGCUGCCCAGCUUUGAGACAGCCAUGGCACAGUCUGAAGAGGAGGAAGCCAACCAGUAUCUGCGUCCUCGCAUCUUCCGCAACCGCUCUGACCAGCCUCAAACCAACACUCUUUUGCCAAGCUACGACGAGCUCCGACACCGACGCCGAGCCUCUGCCUCUGCUGCAGCCUAAUAACCAGCAAUCAUCAUCAUCAUCGAUAAUACUCUCCUCACUCUGAUUGCUACCUCGCCGAGUUGAUCUUGGGAGGAGCUUGACGGCUUUCAAUACUCAAAAGCAUCUUUUUUACAAACUAUAUACACAUACAACAUAAUUUUCUUGAAGUUGGCAUACAGGAAUGACUUUCGUUUUUGCAAGCAUGGCGUUUAUAUUUAUGGGUAUCCGGAUAUAGCUUGCAAUGCAGUUGCGCAAUGAUUCUUUUCAUUAUUUCUUUUCCCCCAGCGUUGAUUUUACGAUGUUCAUGAAGUGAUGGCUGUGACGGUUUACACAGCAGCAAAUAUUGUACUAUAUUAUUUAAUAAUACUUAAUACCUCUCUACAGCAGACUGACUGUCUCUCACGCUCUAGCCAUUAA